AUGGCCUUUUCACAAUGUGUGGGCCCACAGGAUAUCAAAGGCCAGUGUUGGACAGACGAGGAGUCGGAUGGGGAGAACGAGUCGGAACAGUUCCUGUAUGGCAUUCAGGGGAGCUGUGCUGCCGACCUGUACCGCCACCCUCAACUGGAUGCAGAUAUUGAAGCAGUAAAAGACAUCUACACUGACAGUGCUGUCUCUGUUAGGGAGUAUGGGACUAUUGAUGACGUGGACAUUGAUCUUCAUAUUAACAUCGGUUUCUUAGAUGAGGAGGUUGCGACAGCUUGGAAAGUUAUCAGAACAGAGCCCAUUAUUCUGAGACUGCGCUUUUCUCUUUCUCAGUACCUCGAUGGACCUGAGCCGUCAGUAGAAGUGUUCCAGCCCUCCAAUAAAGAAGGCUUCAGCCUGGGCCUGCAGCUUAAAAAGAUCCUGAGCACAUUCACCUCACAGCAGUGGAAGCACCUCAGUAAUGAGUUCCUCAAGGCCCAGCAGGAGAAGAGGCACAGCUGGUUCAAAGCUGGAGGAACCAUCAAGAAGUUCCGCGCCGGGCUCAGCAUCUUCUCCCCCAUACCCAAGUCUCCAAGUUUCCCUCUGAUCCAAGACACAGUUUUAAAAGGGAAGCUGAGCGUCCCUGAGCUGAGAGUGACCCGCCUGAUGAACCGCUCCAUCUCAUGUACCAUGAAGAACCCUAAAGGAGAGCUCUUCAGCUAUCCACCAAACAGUCAGACUGUGGCUGUCCCGGCGGCCAGGGCCCCAGCGCAGAUUACCACGAGGCAGCUGAUUGAAUUGUUUUUCUCAUCCCAGGCGGGCGGCCACUGCAAGAACAUCCCCACCUUGGAGUAUGGCUUCUUAGUGCAGAUAAUGAAGUACUCAGAGCAGAGGAUCCCCACGCUCAACGAGUACUGCGUGGUGUGUGACGAACAGCACGUCUUUCAGAAUGGAUCCAUGCUGAAGCCGGCUGUGUGCACCAGGGAGCUGUGUGUGUUCUCCUUCUACACUCUGGGUGUGAUGUCCGGAGCUGCAGAGGAAGUGGCCACCGGAGCAGAGGUGGUGGACUUACUUGUGGCUAUGUGUCGAGCUGCUCUUGAGUCUCCCCGUAAGAGCAUCAUCUUUGAGCCCUACCCAUCAGUCGUUGACCCCAAUGACCCCAAGACUCUGGCCUUCAACCCAAAGAAGAAGAAUUAUGAGAGACUGCAGAAAGCAUUGGACAGCGUCAUGUCCAUUCGGGAAAUGACCCAGGGCUCAUAUCUAGAGAUCAAGAAACAGAUGGACAAACUUGACCCUUUGGCCCAUCCCCUGCUACAGUGGAUUAUUUCCAGUAACAGGUCUCAUAUCGUCAAGCUGCCUCUGAGUAGGCAACUGAAAUUCAUGCACACCUCCCACCAGUUCCUGCUGCUCAGCAGCCCCCCGGCUAAGGAGGCUCGUUUUCGCACUGCCAAGAAGCUAUACGGCAGCACCUUCGCCUUCCAUGGUUCCCAUAUAGAGAACUGGCACUCUGUUCUGAGAAAUGGACUAGUCAAUGCUUCUUAUACCAAACUGCAGCUGCAUGGGGCAGCGUAUGGAAAGGGCAUCUAUCUGAGCCCCAUCUCCAGCAUAUCUUUUGGAUACUCAGGAAUGGGGAAAGGACAGCACCGCAUGCCCACCAAAGAUGAACUGGUGCAGCGAUACAACCGCAUGAACACCAUACCACAGAGCCGUCCAAUACAAUCAAGGUUUCUUCAGAGUCGAAAUCUGAACUGCAUCGCACUGUGUGAAGUUAUCACAUCUAAAGAUCUUCAGAAACAUGGUAACAUCUGGGUGUGUCCAGUGUCUGAUCACGUCUGUACCCGCUUCUUUUUUGUGUAUGAGGAUGGCCAAGUAGGAGAUGCCAACAUCAACACCCAGGAGCCUAAGGUGCAGAAGGAGAUCAUGCGUGUGAUUGGGACCCAGAUCUACUCCAGCUAAUGGAGGUUCUCCAUACGUCUCUCUGGCAGAGGCACACAGGCAGGCAGACAGCGAAUGUUUGGGCAAGCUGACCUCAGGCCUGAUAUUGAAGGCUGAGGGAGCACAUUAUUUCUGAAGUCGUUUUGUUCUGGUCCUCUCAUUUUCCUCUGUCUCCUUUGUUCCUUAUCUCCGAGUGGUUACACAUUCCAUGUUCAUUUAACCUUCAGCUAGGUUUAGCCUGGUUAAAUUCAGUCUGCUUUUCUCAGUACAUGUCGCUUUCUAACAGAACCGUAACACACUGAAGAAAAAAGGAAGUAGUCACUGGUAUGGCUAUCCAUUCUUGCUGCACUUUUACUGAUCCUUUGGACUAAUUAUCUCUCUAUUUAUCAUUUCUCUUUGAGAAUAUCCAGUAAAAAACAUAAUCAUUCCAAAUGAUAAUUAGAUCCCUUUGUGGCUAAUAAGUAAUGGAUUUACAUGCACAUAGAAGUCUGUUCUCUUACCGGGUUUGCAAAGGCAUUAUCUUCAAUCUGUUUAUUUAAUAUUCUUUGAGUAAUGACAUACAUUAAGGUCUGUGACAUGGUUAUCUGAGGAGCAAGCGCUGCUUUGUCAUUUUGUCCUAUUUCUGUAGAUGAAGCUCCUAGAAUCCAAUAAGCGAGGUGUAGCUUGAACUCAAGUUGCAUACACUAUAGGCACUUUGUUUUAUGAAAUGUAAAAAUCAAGCCGUUAACAGUACAGUAUUAUGAUUUUUAAUUACAGAAUUAAAAUGGUUUUGAUUGAGGACGCACUUUCAAAAUUUCACUGUCCCCAGUUGUCAAACAAACAGGAAUAAAUUUUAAAAAAGGAAAAAAAAAGAAAAGAUCUUUGUCUGACUGCACAGAAGUGUAACAUGAGCAAGUCAGCAACAAGGGUCAUACAUUGUCCUUACAGCUCUGUUUAAUAAUAUUUUUGGUAUUGACAUUUAAAAGUAUGCUCUGUAACACAGAAGGGCUUGUAUUACAACUCACUGAGAAUGAACACCCAAGUCUACAGCUUUUCACGCUUUCAGGUGCUUUUAAUUAAGUCUUUUGAUUUGCCUAGGCUAGCUUCUGUUCUAGCCUUCACUUCUUAAUAAGCUUUUUAGUAUUCCUUACAUUUGCCUGUCUGAAAAGCUGAAACAUGGUACAGGAGUAUUUUGUUCAUAUAAGAAAAAUGGGUAUCUACCACUAUACUUACUAGAAAUGUUUGAGCAGCUUGAUGUUUUGACAACGAUAAAACAGGUAAUAUUUUGUCAUAUUUAUCAACUACAGCAGGUUUUAAAUCGCCAUCUAUGUUAAAGACUCAUGAGAUCUGUAGUUCUUGACUGCAAACAAAAUAAUUGUGUUUCAAGGCACAGUUGCUGUGAGUUUGGUUUGGUGUCUCUCUGCUCCCUCGUUGGCUUAUUGCAUAAUCGAAGAUACAUCAGGCAAAAACCUUGAAUGGGUCAAAUUGAAGCUGUGAGGUUUAUCCCUCAACAACAGCAACAUAGAUACAGUACAGCGAUGAAAUUAAAUAUAUAUAUGAACCUCCUAUGUCUCUCGCUGAAAUUAAAAACGGUGGAUUGGAUUUAAUCUGUGGACAUGUUAUAUGUGUUGCCUAUGUUCUAUGUUCAAAAAACUACCACAAUCUGUAGUCAUCACUUUUUCUUGAAGUGGUGGAUAUCUCAUUCUUAAAUGAAUCUCUUUGUGUAUGCACUACACUUUACAUUGGAUCCACAACCUACAAAAUCCACUGUACAGAAAAUCAUGGACAAUUUUACCAAACUAUCUACGGACAGUAUCCAGUCCAGGUGCGCUCACAUCGUGUGCGCCCCUGCUUAAUGGACACUGGAUGUUGUAGACCUGCAUUAAUGUGCAAUUCUGUGGUUUCACCUUGGAGAAUGGCAACCUUGUAUAGCUAAUCAAGUUUAUCAGUCAUGUACUGUAUGUAUGUAUGGUCGUGUGGGUUUGUAUUUUCUUGACAUUAUACUAGACAUUGCACUUAUUCAACGUUUGCCUAAACUGGAGAAAUGGACUGUCCUCGGACCUGCAGUAGAUGGAGGAAAAGGAGGAAUAAAAAGUAUUUAUGGAGUCAGCAAGACUAUAAUAUCCAACAUCCUAACCAUGUCUGUAUGGGGGUUUUCAGCAUCUACUGGAACUAAAAAUCCUGACUACUGACUAAGAAUGGACUUGAAAGAGAGCGAAAGAACGUUGGAGACCUUGUUGAAAUGUAUUGCCCAGAAAGCAGUGGACAUGUACAGCUUACUCAUUGUUUUGCGGGACUGUGCUAAUAGCUGAUGCCUGUUUUUGCCAAGAGGUUUGACCUGAGAGUCUCUCUGAGAAUCAAUUUUCUGGCCGUGUGUCUAUGGUGAGUAAUGUUUUCAAAGAUGAUGUUGACGACAAUGAUGGUGAUUAUGAUGAUGAAAGGUGACAAUGGAGGAGGAAAAAAAAGAAUAAAGCCUGAUUUUGCACAGUUUUA